AUGGCUGCUUCUUCAUCAUCUUCUCUCAAAAUUGAACAACUCCUUGGAUUGCUUACUAUUCGUCUUACUAAUGAUACUUUUCAUAAGUGGAAUUAUCAAAUUGAGUCGCUUCUGGAAGGUUACAACCUCUUUGGCCAUUUUGAUGGCUCUACUCUUCCUCUGCCUAAAUCUACAAUUGUUGAUGAAGAGGGAGUGACAUCGGAAGUCACUACUGCGUAUAAGGAUUGGAUGUGCACUGAUAAAGCUCUUCUCAGUCUUCUCAUUGCUUCUCUCUCUGAUGAAGCAAUUGAGUAUGUUAUUGGCUGUAAGACUGCUAGGGAUGCUUGGCUUAGUCUCAUCGAUCGUUAUGCGUCGGUUUCUCGUGCCAGAAUCAAUCAUUUGAAAAUUGAAUUUCAGACUGUGCAAAAAGGUGGAGAUUCCGUUGAGCGAUUUCUUCUUCGUCUCAAGCAUCUGCGUGAUCAGUUACAUGAUGCUGGUACUAAGAUUUCUGAUGAUGACUUUAUCAUUGCUGCAUUAAAUGGUUUACCACCUGAAUAUGACAUCAUCAAAACGAUCUUGAUUGCUCGCGAUACGCCAAUCUCGUUGAAAGAUUUUCGUGCUCAGUUACUGGCUGCUAAGCAAACUGCUGAGGCUUGA